UAUGAGCUCAGCUCCUCAGUGCAGUCGCCUACGUCGGCCACAACGGUCAGAGUCAUACGACGACUGUGGAAGUAAAUGCAACGACGAGAAAGCGAUUAAUGGAUUUAUCACUACUCGGCCUGAUGAGUUUGUUGUCCCUGUGUACAGUGGCUGCACGUUGAGAAUGGAUUAUAUGUUUCAUUCCUCACCGAGAAGCCUUUUAACGCCCAGUCGGCAACCAUAGUUCGGUCACUGACGUUGGAGUGAUCUACCCUUGCAAUGGCAGUCUUCAGCCACCAGGUGCUCUUCGCCGUGACAAGAUCCAGGGGAUCAUAUUUGUUAUCCAAGCGGCACAGCUGCGCUGCGCUAUCUUCCAGAGCCUACCUCCAUAUCGAACCUCCACGCAACAUCUCCUCUUCAACGAACCCACUUAGGCACUCCCGCUAUGGACACUCCCACAGUUACCAAGGCCACAACCUGGGCUCUGUCCCACUAGCCCGCUCUCUGCACAGCUCAUGCAUUUGGCUCCAAGAAAUAAAACAUGAUGAGAGUAAACUGUCCCCUGGCCAGAAUUCAGUAUCAGAUGAGAAAAAGGACACUGCGUCUGCUGUUGCCCAACCACAAACGGCACCGACAUCCACCGCUCCUGCUGCUCCUGCAGCAGUGGUGAAGAAGGCUCUGUAUCUCAGGAUUGUUGAUGAGCUGAAGCAUUACUAUAAUGGCUUCCGGUUGCUUGGCAUUGACACCAAGGUUGCAGGCAGGAUGGUGUGGCGGUUGCUGCACGGACAGGUCCUCACACGCAGAGAAAGGAGAAGGCUGAUGAGGACCUGCGCUGACCUCUUCCGUCUGGUGCCCUUCAUGGUGUUCAUUAUUGUGCCCUUCAUGGAAUUCCUCCUUCCAGUCUUCCUCAAACUCUUCCCAGAAAUGCUUCCCUCUACCUUCGAGACAGAGUCCAAAAAGGAGGAGAAGCAGAAGAAGGGUUUGGCUGCAAAGCUGGAACUCGCCAAGUUUCUCCAGGAGACCAUUGCUGAGAUGGCUCGUAGGAACAAGGCCUCGGAGGAUGAGACGCAGCGCUUCUCCACAUACGUUCAACAGGUUCGGGUCACUGGCGAGCAGCCCACCACAAAGGACAUAGUCCGCUUUUCCAAGCUAUUUGAGGAUGAACUGACGCUAGAGCACCUGGAACGCCCUCAGCUGGUCGCCCUGUGCAAACUACUGGAGCUGCAGCCCAUCGGCACAAACAACUUGUUGCGCUUUCAGCUGAUGAUGCAACUCAGGACCAUCAAAUCAGACGACGAGAUGAUUGCAGCAGAGGGUGUGGCAGCUAUGAGUGUGUCAGAACUGCAGGCAGCUUGUCGCAGCCGUGGAAUGAGAUCUCUAGGACUCACCACAGAUCAGCUACGACUGCAACUGCAGCAGUGGCUGGACCUGCACUUAAAUGAGAAUGUUCCACCAUCACUGCUGCUGCUCUCCAGAGCCAUGUACCUGACUGAUCUCAAACCCAAGGCCCCAGUCAUUCCGCCUGUACCCAAACUUGAGAAAGCAACGGUUGCAACAAAUGGAAGCUCGGAUAAUGCAGACAUGCUGGCGGACCCUGCACUCAUCAUCAAAGACACACCGGCAGAAGAGAUAAGGAACAAGGCGCCUGUGAUGUCGGACAAACCUCUUACUGCUGCUGAAGUCCUCCAGGCUAAAGCAGCCACUGAGGUGUCCCAGAAGAGCAAGAUGAGCGCCAAUGGUGUCUGAGGAUCGUGAGUGUCUGGACUGAAAAGGAGAGAUUAAUUUAAGCAUCCAUGAGUCCACAGUGUGUGGAGAUGGCAAGGAUUCUGAUGUUCGUGGACAAACAAUCAAUUGUUUACAUCUCUCUAGCGCCGAUUUGAUGUAGAGACUAAGUUGUCAGUGGUUCUUUUCGCCAUUGAUGUUAAUAUUAUGAGGCGAUAUAAGAUGGAAGUUGCUGCUCAGUCAUACCAUCAGCUCCACAAAUUUCACACCUGGCCACUCCAUAACGCUCCGUAUUUCUCUUAUUUUAAGAAAAUCAGUCGCUUUUGUUCCAGACGGCGUUGUCCUCCUGUACAUUUGUAUAUGUUGUGUAUAUUUUCAUUUCUGUCCGACAUUAUCACAGUUGAAGCUUUGUACAGUUUGCUAUGCAAACUCAUGAUAUGAUCAAGCUCCCUUUUGUUAGCAUUUCUGGUGCACCCAGUAACCGUUCCAUUCAAUGUGUAACAAAAGCUUGGUCAUCCAUGUUUCAAAAACACUUGGUUCACCUCCAUCCGGUUUCUCUGCAAACUCGGGCCAUUUCUAAGUCUGUAGGUUCCAUAAUUACAGUUAGAUAAAUAAGAUUGGUGUGUUUAAAGAGAGCGCUAACUCCUUUCACACAGACAAGAGGCAAAGUGCAGUUUUCAUCCUCUGGUUCAAACGCUGCUUUACACUUACAAACCCCAAAUAUUAUAAUACAGCUUACGUGUUGUGUUUUAUUGCUGUGAUGCUUAGAUUUCAUUAAGCUGAAGAGAAUAUACUUGAUGUUAUCCAUGAAGAAAUUCUAUUUAUGAGAGAAUCUUAAAAGCUACAAACUAAUAUUCAAGGCAUUAUUUUUUAUGUGCUUUUACAGAGAUAUGAAAAUGUAGCAAUUUGACUGAUUCAUUCAGCUGCCCUUUGCAUUACUAUCUUAAAUACAUUAAGUUUACCACAAAGUAUACUGUAUUGAUAGUUUUUUUUUGCUGAUUUGGCAAACCCUACCUGCUUCCAUUUUUGAAUUGUCACUACUAAGAUUAACUAUCUCCUGUUAUUUAUGUAUAGCCAACUACCAGCAGUGGACGCCAUAGAUGAAAUAUUUUUUUUCAAUUGAAGAUUGAUGUUUUUGGUUUUGCAAAUGUGCCUUUUUGGUUUCUUGGUUUUCAAUAUUGUGUCUGUGACUGUACUCAAAAGCGCCAUUUGCACCUUCUUCCCCUUUGGACAAAUGUUUCAUUUUUCCCUUUGUCUCAAAUACAUCCUUUUAUGAACUGUUGAGUGGGAAGUACAGUGCCUUGCAGAUGUGUUGACUCCCUUGGAUAUUUCAUCCUUUUAUUUGCAUUUAUUAAUGAAGUGGUCAAUGUAAUUUGUAUUUUUGCUGACAGGAAUUUAAAAAAAGGCUAAAUGCAAACAUAUUUUACAAAUUGUCAUUUAAAAGUACAGUAUACAGUAAAUGACUGCAUAAAUAUUCACCUCCUUCUAGUUGGUAUGCAAUCAAGACUAGUUCACCCUCAUUUCACACAUUGGCUAAGUUACCUAAUUAAUGCAUCACGUUACCAUGACAGCUUGAUUAAAAUCAUGAUACAUUACCCCAUUGCACACUUGUGU